AUGCCCUCCGUUGUCGCCACAUCAUCUUCAGGAAUGAGCACCAUGCAGACUACACCUCUUCACGAAUCCGGCAGCGCUUAUGCCACGCCUCCCACUCUGUCCACCUCUAUUUUUGCCAGCGGUUCCAACACCCCUUCUCACCUUUCCCGCCUCGCAGGCCAGAGUUCUGGCAUUGGCGAGUCGCCCGCCGCCCAUGGCUCCCGCCCCCAUCACUCCUCCUCGCAUCCCCACCAGAAUAACGGCGGCAGCAGCUCUGGAGGAAAGGACAAGAAGUGGAAGCAGAUGUUCAAGUUUGGAUCCAUUGGCAGAAAGCCCAGUGGUGGCAACCACACUGGCAACGGCUCCCAUGACCGUAGCUGGCACACCGAUUCCACCGAGUCCAGCAUCAACAGAAACGGUGACUACUUUGAGCAUCACCACCUUCCUGGCUCGUCCAACUUCCAGCCUAUGAACGGCAGCACCGUCGUUACAGACCCAAGCUCCUUCUCCAACGAUAGCUACUCUUCCGAAGACCGUAAUCCUUCUGCCUCCAUCGGCGACGCUAUGACUGCUUCUGCUUCUGGCAAGCUCCAGCCUCCAGCUGACAUUAGCGAUAAUGACUCCUCUCAUCAGGGCUUUGCUUCCCGUCUCAUGAGACGUGUUUCCAGCGCUCCCGACAACAACAGAUUCUACAAGAAUGGCCAGAACGCUGGCGGCCCCAAGCACAACGAUCCUCCAGCUAACACCAAGAACGGCUACCUUUCACCUGAUGCUUCCGGCGCCAAGCACGGCCAGUUUGCCUCGGAAGGUGGUGCACCAGCCCCACCUUCCAAGGACCAGGCCAAUUCGACCUAUUUCUCUAACUCACCCGUUCGCAUGGACAGCACCGCCACUUCCUUCAGCUACAAGGACUUUGAGAAGGGCCGAAGCGUCAGUGCUAAGGGCUCUUCCACGCCCAAGUCCGGUCGUAUCACCUUCCCCGGUUCCGCUCGAUCCAAGAGCUCCAAUGGCAAAGACAAAAAGUCGCAGCUUCCACCUCCCAGCAGCUCUGCCAACCUUGCUGCUCUGGCUGGCAGCAACGGCCCCAACCGAGGCCCAGGCAGCUUCCGACGCACCUACUCGAGCAACAGCAUCAAGGUCAAAGAAGUCGAAGUGGGUCCUAACAGCUUUAGUAAGGUCAAAAUGCUCGGUAAAGGCGAUGUAGGCAAAGUCUAUCUCGUGCGCGAGAAGAAGACCGAUAAGCUUUUCGCCAUGAAGGUCUUGUCCAAGAAGGAGAUGAUCAAGCGUAACAAGAUCAAGCGCGUCAUGGCCGAACAGGAGAUCUUGGCUGCUUCCAACCAUCCGUUCAUUGUGACGCUUUACCAUUCCUUCCAGUCGGAAGACUACCUUUAUCUUUGUAUGGAGUACUGUAUGGGAGGCGAGUUCUUCCGUGCUCUUCAGACACGUCCCGGUAAAUGUCUGCCGGAGGAAGAUGCCAAGUUCUAUGCUGCAGAGGUGAUUGCAGCCUUGGAGUACUUGCAUCUGAUGGGUUUCAUCUACCGUGACCUCAAGCCCGAAAACAUUCUUUUGCACCAGAGCGGACACGUCAUGCUUUCCGAUUUCGAUCUUUCCGCACGAGCAACCCAACGAGGUGGUGCACCUGCUAUGAUCCGUCAAGCUACACCCAACAGCGUUCCUCUUGUCGACACAAGAAGCUGUAUCGCCGAUCUCCGAACCAACUCCUUCGUCGGUACCGAAGAGUACAUCGCACCUGAAGUCAUCAAAGGUUGCGGUCACACUUCUGCUGUCGAUUGGUGGACACUUGGUAUUUUGAUCUAUGAAAUGAUCUUUGCCACCACCCCGUUCAAAGGUUCAACACGAAACGAGACCUUCUCCAACGUUCUUCGCAACGAAGUACCGUUUCCCGACUCCAUCCCCAUCUCUUCCUUUGGCAAGUCUCUCAUUCGCAAGUUGUUGAUCAAGGAUGAGUUGAAGAGAAUGGGAAGCCAAUCCGGCGCGUCAGAGGUGAAACAGCACAAAUGGUUCUCCAACAUCUCUUGGGGUCUCCUUAGAAACUCCACCCCACCGAUCGUUCCUGCUUUUUCGAACGGUGUUGAUGCGGUCAACUUCAGGAAUGUAAGAGAGUCAAGGAGUUUGGAUUUGGACCAUCAGGGGGAUAAUAAGAAGCCGGCAAAGACAGUCGAGAUGAAGGCCGUUGCAGGACAGAAGAAUGUUGGGGAUGAAGAAGGCGAUGUAGUGGUUAGUAACCCCUUCAGUGGCUUUUCGUCUGUGACGCUGAAACAUGAUGAUUACUAA